UUUCAGACGCAGGACCUUCAUACGUCGAUCUACUGCAGUGAAUGGUACAAGGCAGACUGCAAAUACCAGAGAUCUCUGACAAUAGUGCUGUCACGGAGUGUGAGACCUGUCAUACUAACAGCUGGCAAAGUUCUACCAGUCACCUUCAGGGCCUACAGGCGGCUUUCUCCUAUUUCAACCUAUUAAGAGCAUUGACUCACUCUUAAGAGUUACCUACUGAGAAACAAACAUAUAUAUCAUAGAAUAAAAAAAUAAGAGAAAAAAAAACACAAAUUGAGUAAACUAAUCAACCCAAGG